GCAGGGAGGGCAGGGGACAGGCGAGGCAGCAGGUCCCGGUAAAGCGCGCCCGGGGCUGGCCAGACGGCUCCGAGCGCCGGAGGAGCCACCGGCCGGGGCGCCUCGACAGACCCCCGCAGCAGCAGGAGGCGGCGGAGAAGGAGGCGGCGGCGGCGGCGGCGGCGGGGCUGUCCGAGCCGAUCCUCCCGACGGCCGCCUGACUGACCCCUCCGGCUGGCUCGCCUCGGCCGCGCUGCUCCGGCGCCCCGCGCGGAAGACUCGUCCCCCAGCAGCCGGACUUGGCCGCAGCCGCGAUGGACGAGCGACGCAAGGCGGACCCGCGGAGGAUGGAAGAUGAGGCGGUGCUGGACCGAGGGGCAUCGUUCCUAAAGCAUGUGUGCGACGACGAGGAAGUGGAAGGUCAUCAUACGGUCUACAUAGGCGUGCAUGUACCUAAGAGUUAUCGGAGGAGGAGACGCCACAGAAGACGGCCCAAGGAGAAGAAAGAAAAGGAGAAAAUAACUGAAUACUACUCAGACAAAUCCGAUGUGGAAAAUGCAGACGAGACAAGCAGUAGCAUUCUCAAGCCACUCAUCUCCCCCGCCGCCGAACGCAUCCGCUUCAUUCUGGGCGAAGAUGACGACAGCCCCGCUCCGCCGCAGCUCUUCACGGAACUGGACGAACUCCUGGCUGUCGACGGGCAGGAGAUGGAGUGGAAAGAGACAGCAAGAUGGAUAAAAUUCGAGGAAAAAGUGGAACAGGGAGGAGAGAGGUGGAGUAAACCGCACGUUGCCACGUUAUCCUUGCACAGCUUGUUUGAGUUGAGGACGUGUAUAGAGAAAGGGUCGAUCAUGUUGGACAUGGAAGCCUCAUCCCUCCCUCAGGUAGUAGAGAUGGUCGUCGACAAUCAGAUCGAGACGGGGCUGUUGAAGCAAGACAUGAAGGAUAAAGUCACCUAUACGCUGCUCAGGAAGCAUCGGCAUCAGACCAAAAAAUCCAACCUGCGCUCGCUGGCCGACAUUGGAAAGACCGUCUCCAGUGCAAGUAGGAUGUUUACCAACCCCGAUAAUGCCCGCAACCCGCUAGAGAGUUCAGUGCCCUGCCUAGCAACCCGCACACUGGACGAUGAAAUUCGGGUGCAGCGCAGCCCCAGCGUGGGAUGGCUAACAGCAGCGGCGAGCUAUCUCCAGUGCGUAGGCGACCGGUACGCGAGAGAGCCAUCGCCUCUCCUGGGCCAGCCACUCAGGCCGUUACACACUCUAGACCAUCGAUCUCCGGGACCAGGGGGCGCGCCUAAAGGGAUGGCAUCGCAGGAUGGUGUAACACAGUUUGGCCGGUCAAACCGGCGUUUUGAACGGUGUUACGGCGUGAGAGAGCGCUGCCACACUGGCUCCUGGUCGGCAUGCUGGGCUCAGCUGAAAUCGCUCCGUUCUCUGCACUUUGUUGGAAUGUCCUUGGCAGCCCCAAAGGGGGACGAAUCUUGGGGACGUUUCUGCAUCCUCGACUGCUCCUGUUUGAACUAUGGAAAGGUCAAUGAAACGUUUGCAAAAGCAAUCUUGGCCGGCCGCGCUCCUCCGUCCGUUUUCACGAAGGGCCUUAUGGAAAGAAGCGAGGAAGAAAAUUGUGACCCCACCCGCCUCACGGACUCCAGUGCUCUGGCCCGCUCAGCACGGGCCAACAACACCGGUGCAGGACACGCCUCCAUGUGGAGGCACUUCCGGAGGCUGCGGCAGCUCCGGGGCCACCCUCCCGGAAGCGUGCGAACAGCCCUGGGGCUGCACCAGGAUAAUUUAUCCUGGUGUGCAGCCGCUUCACUGGUCCGUGCGGAGUGGGCCUCAGAUUCUUCGUGCUUCCCCCUGAAGCUGUGGGUUCAUAAUGUUUCCGACAGGGAUAAACUGUCCUUCUUUCUCUUUUUGCAGCUGAAGAAUAAGUUCAUGAAGAAGUUGCCUCGGGACGCCGAGGCCUCCAACGUGCUGGUCGGAGAGGUCGACUUCUUGGAAAACCCUUUCAUUGCCUUCGUUCGGCUACAACAAGCAGUUAUGCUCGGUGCUCUAACAGAAGUUCCUGUCCCCACCCGGUUUCUCUUCAUUUUGCUGGGUCCCAAAGGCAAAGCUAAAUCGUACCAUGAGAUUGGCCGCGCCAUCGCCACUUUGAUGUCCGAUGAGGUGUUCCACGACAUUGCCUACAAAGCCAAAGACCGGCAGGACCUGAUCGCUGGAAUCGAUGAGUUCCUGGAUGAAGUCAUUGUCCUUCCCCCUGGGGAGUGGGAUCCUGCCAUCAGGAUAGAGCCUCCCAAGUCCCUCCCAUCCUCUGACAAAAGGGAAAACAUGUAUGCCGGUGGAGAGAAUGUGCAGAUGAAUGGAGACACUCCAUUACGACGGGGCCGCCGCGGCCAGGGGGCCACGGGCGACUCUGAAGAAUUGCAACGCGACCGGCAAGUGAGUUCUUCGGGUGGCCUAAUCAAAGACGUCGCCCGUUUAAAGGCCUUUCUUUCGCCAGCCGAUUUCUACGACGCGUUCAACAUCCAAGCCCUUUCUGCCAUUCUCUUCAUUUAUCUGGCGACUGCUGACCAACGCCAUCACCUUUGGGGACUGCUCGGUGGAACGGAGAACAUGCAGGGCGUGUUGGAAAGUUUUUUGGGCACCGCUGUGACAGGGGCUGUCUUCUGCUUUCUCGCUGGCCAGCCACUCACAAUCCUGAGCAGCACCGGGCCUGUCUUGGUCUUCGAACGGCUUUUAUUUAACUUCAGCAAAGAAAACGGCUUUGAUUAUCUGGAGUUCCGGCUCUGGAUCGGCCUGUGGUCGGCCUUCCUGUGUCUCAUCCUGGUGGCCACGGACGCCAGCUUCUUGGUCCAGUACUUCACCCGCUUUACGGAAGAAGGGUUUUCUUCCCUGAUCAGCUUCAUCUUCAUCUACGACGCUUUCAAGAAGAUGAUCAAGCUCGCCGAAUACUACCCCAUUAAUUCCCAUUUUAAAGUGGGGGAAGUCACCCUUUAUUCCUGUACCUGCCUGCCGCCAGAUCCAGUUAACAGCUCUUUAUUCAACGUGACUACCACCACAUCAGCAAAUUGGCUUGCAAGUCACUCAGAGGAGAUGCACAAUGGUACAAUUGACUGGGCCUCUCUGACCAAAAAGGAGUGUCUAAAAUACGGGGGCGCCGUCUUGGGAAACAACUGCAAGUAUGUUCCUGACAUCACCCUUAUGUCCUGUAUCCUGUUUUUGGGCACCUACACCUGCUCCAUGGCCUUGAAGAAAUUCAAGACCAGCCGCUAUUUCCCAACCACUGCACGGAAGUUAAUCAGUGACUUUGCCAUCAUCCUUUCUAUUCUGAUAUUCUGUGGGAUCGAUGCCCUGGUAGGUGUGGAUACUCCAAAACUCCUUGUGCCAAGUGAAUUCAAGCCAACGAGUCCCAACAGAGGCUGGUUUGUUCCACCGUUUGGAGGGAACCCCUGGUGGGUGUACCUGGCGGCGGCCAUCCCUGCCUUGCUGGUGACCAUCCUCAUAUUCAUGGACCAACAAAUCACGGCUGUCAUCGUCAACCGGAAAGAGCACAAACUCAAGAAAGGUGCUGGCUAUCAUCUGGAUCUCUUCUGGGUGGCUGUUUUGAUGAUUAUAUGCUCUUUCAUGGGCCUGCCCUGGUACGUUGCUGCUACCGUAAUCUCCAUUGCGCACAUCGACAGCUUGAAGAUGGAGACGGAGACUUCGGCGCCAGGAGAGCAGCCCAAAUUCCUAGGAGUCAGGGAACAGAGAGUGACUGGAGUGCUCGUGUUUAUCCUGACUGGCAUUUCAGUCUUCAUGGCUCCUAUCUUGAAGUUUAUUCCCAUGCCUGUUCUCUACGGAGUGUUUCUAUAUAUGGGCGUCGCGUCCCUUAAUGGAGUGCAGUUCAUGGACCGCCUGAAGCUGCUCCUGAUGCCUCUCAAGCACCAGCCUGACUUUAUCUACCUGCGCCACGUCCCGCUCCGCCGGGUGCAUCUCUUCACUUUCAUCCAGGCAGUGUGCCUGGCUCUCCUUUGGAUCCUCAAGUCGACAGUGGCUGCUAUCAUAUUCCCAGUCAUGAUCCUGGCCCUGGUGGCAGUCCGGAAGGCUAUGGACUACCUCUUCUCCCAGCAUGACCUCAGUUUCCUCGACGACGUCAUUCCAGAGAAAGAUAAGAAGAAGAAAGAAGACGAGAAGAAGAAGAAAAAGAAGAAGGGCAGCUUGGACAGCGACAAUGACGAUGAGAAAAAUCACCAACAUUCCUUGAACGACAUACAUCAUGCUGAUAAUUUUCCUUACCUGCACUCCCACAUGAUGCCAAGCCCUCCACGAACUCCAGUGAAAGUUGUGCCUCAAAUUAGAAUAGAGCUUGACCCUGAAGAUGGCGGAUUUUUCUGGAAGAGCAAGGGAACAGAAACAACUUUGUAACUCGGUGGCUAGUCUUCGGCCGAACUGACUUCUUACUUUUUCGUUGCUGUCGACUUUUCUUGCAUCACUAGCCAAACAUUCAGUUGCUCUCUGCCUAGGAAAAACCGGGACAUAUUGCCCUCUCUUUCACUCUAAGCUUCCUCCCCGUUCCCUCUUCUUUUGGGGGGAGGGGGUAUAUUCUUCUGCUUGCUCCACUUCUCUCUUUCACUCUGACCAAGACAAUUUUCAUUUUGCCUUUUCAGUCACAUGCAUACCUAUACCUCUCUCUCGAGGAGGGGGCAGAAGUAUUAAGGAUAUAUUAUCACAGCUUCGUCCGAUGAGCGCAAAACUGACUGGUUUUUUUUUUAAGCCACAAAUCAGUGUUUUCCUUUCCUUUUUAAAAAUUUUUUUGUUUUCCUCUAGCAGAACAAACUUGACUUCUGACUUAACUGCGCACUCCCCUUAGUUCUCUGUAACUGCAAAACGCUGCUAAUCUUAACACACUCUUAACGUCAGUCACUGCUAAUUUGGGUAAUUUCGAGGAAAGGAGAUGGAACAGUAUAUCCCCGCACAGAAAGAACUGUUUUUUGCCAUCCUGGUAGUGAGUGUGUGGAGUUGGCCCCUCUCCUAUGCAACUUCUAUUCUGUAAUAUUUUAAUGGACUUUUUAUCUGUCAGUUACUUUGACGAGUGUUACUUCCCCCCCCCCAGAUCUUUUUUUCAUUUUAAAUUAUGGGGGCCUAACUUGUGACUUAAUAUUUUUGUCAAUUUUUUAACCUUUUUUAAAAAAUUACUGUAAAGAAAAUGAAUUUUUUUUCCUGCAGCAGGAAAUGUAUAGUUUUGUGUAGUUCUACCUCUAUUUCUAGACGUUGGACUUUCUCUUUUAAAAGGUAAAAGAAUAAGAAGAUUUAAUAAUAAUAAUAAUAAUUGUAUAGUACGGUAUAUAAUGUGAUUUUUACAAAAACAAAAUGCAGAAAAAAAAUACACAAUCUCAAGGGGGUGGCAUAGACCCAAAAUCAGCUAUCUUAACUCUUUACUCUGAAAAUGUCUUACUUCUUUCCUUUUCUUUCUCUCUUCUGUUUUUUACUUGCCCUAAAUAAUCUGAUCACAUGGCGAAAGAAUCGGGGCACGCAUGUAAUGGUCACAUGAUUGGGGGCGGAGUCUGUUUGACACAGCUGGCAUAGUAAGCCCCAUGUUCCUUCUGAAGAGUCACCAAAAUAUAUAGGGAGGGUUUUACAGCAGACAACCAUGUGCUAGUAAUUUUCCAAGGAUUCAUAUCAAAUGAGCAUGUGCAAAGAGCAGCCAUAUAUUAGUGUUGCUUCAUUCCCCAGAUUUACCUUGCUCUUUCGCGCUCUCCCUGUGUGUACAUGGAUGCAGCUGUCCUUGCAGAUUCCAAACCAACUCUGAUACAUAUCUUUCCAGGAUGCACCCUGUUCCUUUGCAGAUGGGAGAGACCACAUGCUCGAACGUUUUCCCUGCAAAAACCUUUGCAAACUAAUCUGUCAGGGGAAAGCAUGCCAGCCAUUUCCUUAGCAUAUCAGUUCUCCAUGGCCAGGGAAUACUUUUUUGUGUGGUGGAAAAAGGAUUUAGAUACGUCAUCUUUUGCUUGUGGUGUACGGCUGUAGAAUCCCAGGAAAGCUGUGCUGUUCAUUCCUCCUGCUGGCUUAAAUCGGCUCUGAAUCAGUGUGUGUGAGCGUCCAGAAUUUUGAACAGAGAGAUAACAGUGAUGCUUUAAAAGGAACAGACAGGAAUGUAUCUCCUGCAGAAAGCUCUUUUGCCAAGCUUGCAAGAGAGCAUUAUAGACAGCAACCACAAUGCAGGAUGUCUCCCGUUUGGUGGUAGUAAGGUACAUGCGCUUGGCUUUUUGCCUCCCACCCCCCAGUGACAACUAAAUGUUCUGCACCAGAUGGAGGCUCUAAAACUGAUGUACUUUAUCCGAGAAGCUUGUGUGUUGUGGGAGCUGGCUUUUGCAGAGAGCCCACAACUCACCCAUUCCAGAGAGACAGGCUGCAGAUGUGUUUGUAUCUGCACUCUGAAACAGCUGUCCUCUAACAGGGCAGGUGUGUGCGAUAAAAGGCUGUGCUCACACCUGUGCCUUCGAGCAGCUGCCUGCAGCGGCAUGGAAGCAGGUUGCUUUGGCACCCGUUCUCACUGCCAGUCCCUCAAGAUUUCCUGCUUAUGAAAUAGUAUGACGUAGAUUGGGUUUUGCAAUGAAUUGGCAGUGGGGCUGGUGCAGGAGGGAAGUUCUUCUCUGCUGGAGCAAACAGUUGUUCAAGAGCGUGAAUGCGAGCAGAUUCCCUUGUUGAAUUUCAGACACAUCUUGUGGUUGAAGUAGAGGUGGAAUGGGCCAUCAAGUCUUGGCCAACCUAUGGUGACUCCAUAAGGUUUUCAAGACCACAGUCAAAUGGAGGUGGUCUACCACUGUCUGUCUCUCCAUAGUAACCCUGGACUUCCUUGGCAGUCUCCCAUCCGAGUACUAACCAAGGUUUCUUGUUCGGGAUUAGGCUAUCCCGGUUCAUUGAUCGUGACCCUGCUUAGCUUCCCAGAUCUGAUGUGAUCGGGUUAGCCUGAGAGCACCUCAGUAUGUUCACCAAAGCAAAAAAAGACUAUGGGAAGCAAGCAGAGAAGGAAACGGAGAAUUUUGAAACAAGAGUAGUUAUUCUGCAGACGGCUCGUCUCUCACGCAGAAGAUGACAGGCGCCGUCCCCGCCUCCCCAAAAUCUCUUGAUAUUCCAUUGUUAGACCAUGUGAUGGGUACUUGAAUUCACAGAGGUGUCAUUAGAUUGUUGAAAAGGACAUUCAGUGCAAUGCUUUGUUGUACAGAUCAUGUUGUGAUGUAGCUUGGGCACAAGAUGAAUAUUUCUAUAAUAAUAAUAAUAAUAAUUUAUACCACUUAACGUUUGAGGGGAGGGGGAACUGAGGGAUGAAAGCCCUGAGAUGUAACAUUUCAAGGUGUUCCUGAGUUAAGUAGCACUUGGCUGCACAAUUUUUAAAAAACUAUCAGCACUAAGGAUGUAUCUACACUGCACUUUUAUUGGGUUUUAUAUCAGUCUACCUGGCGUGGCUUUGUUCCCCCCCUCCCCCCGCCCAUCCAAAGAAUGCUGGGAAUUGUAGUCUGGUGCACAUGUUGAGAAUUCUCUUUGAUGGAUCCCAAUCUUCCCCAUCACAGAACUACAACCCCCAACAUUUCUUGAAGUGAUGGGGUGACUGUAAGAUGAACAGUGUAGAUACUCCCUGAGUUGUAACCUUUGCUUCGCAUCUGGCUUUUGUAAAGAGAUGUGUUGAAAAAGUUUGGCUCUGGGGUGAUAUGAAUAGUGGACUCUCCCAAGGAGCAGAUUCCACUUUUUUUUUAGACUUGGAAACUUGCCAACAGAACAAAGUUGGUCAGGUGAACUGAAUCGGGAAACAGCUGCUUGAAAUAUAACCUUGUGCACUGUGCCCUUUCUUAGACUGCGGGUCAAUGCACAGUAAAAUCUCCAAGAGUACUUAUCUGCUUUCCCCCAACGAUGGAAAAUCCAGAGUAUUUCAAGACUUCUGAAUAUACCAGCCCACCUUUAAUGGGGAGUGGAGAAUAGCAAUUUUUUUGAUUGCAUAAAUCAAUUCUGAUUUAUUCUUAAAGAAAAUUUCAGCGGGUAGCCCUAUUGGUCUUCAAAAGAACAGCUAGGUUUGAGUCCGGUCACAUCUUAGAGACGAACAAAAUUUUCGGGGUAUGAGCCUUCAAAAGUCUAAGCUUUCUUUGUGGCCUCUCCUACUUUCAGACUGAGAUUUAAAGACUCAUGGAUCUCCGUUCCUCUUCUGUCCGACCAAGUGAGCUUUGACUCUCAUGCCGCAGAAAUCUUGCUACUCUCUAAGGGGCCACUGGACUGGACUCUAGCUCUUCCCGAAGAGAGCUUCUGUGCAGCUUGGAAGUUUGCUACUAUACCCAACUCCCAACUGUCUGCAGAUUCCCCAGCAUGGAACAAAUAACAGCUGAUGGGAUCGAAACAGAUCUAGAUCGGGGAAAGGCCAUGAAGGAAAAGACUAAGUGCUUCUCCUUUGGAUGCCGUCUUCCCGGAUCAGUUCAUCCCUCAAGUGUUUUGCAGUUCCAAAGGACCCCGGAGGUGAACUUAAUUUUGGAUCUCUUACCUUGCACUAAGGUUGAUCCUUACCUGUGAUGUGUGAGAUCCUUUGCCUCUUGUGUGCUAUCCAGACCCAUGAUGAUGAUGAUGAUGAUGAUGAUGAUAAUUUAUUCAUAUAUGUAUGAAUGAUGAGAAUCUUUUCUAAAAACCCUACUGGAGGUACAAAUGUACAUAUUCCUAUGGAUUCCCACUAACGAGCCAAGAUACAAAAAUCGAGUCCUUGAAACCGUAAACUGGGGGAUGAGCCAGCUGCCCCUGCUGUUAACGUUAUAAGUUGUUGCUAUGUCGAAAUUAGAACUCGUUGCCGUGUUGCAGAGAUCAGUUACCCUGGAGAAAAUGGCCGUGUUGGAGGAGCAGACUCUAUGGCAGAGGUGGCACUUCAGAUAUUGAUAAACUACCAUUCCCAUCAGCCCCUGCUGCCAUGGCCAAUUGCCCAUGCCAGCAGGGGCUGAUGGGAAUUGAAGUUCAUGAACAUCUAAAGCACCAGAGUUGGAACCUCUUUUCUAUGGCAUUAUAUCUGGCUGAGGUCCCCUGCUCUCCAAACUCUGCUCCCCCUAUGCUCCACCCACAAAAUCUCCAGGAAUUUACAAACCUGGGGCUGGUACUCUUACUCAUCUAAUCGGGAAGUGCUGCCUGCCCCGAGCAUAUGCUACUCCCCGCAUAGCUCCCGAGCACAAAACAAAGAUGAGCAUCCGGUGACGAAUGUCAUCAAAAAGUAUGACAGCUAGGAAAUGAGGGCACUGGCAAAUGCCGAGUCAUGUCUUGCCUCUCUGCUAAGCCGAGCAUGAAAUAGGGUUGCCAAAUCUGGGUUCGGGAACUCCUGGAGAUUUGGAGGUGGAGCCUGAGGAGGACAGGGAACUCAGUGGGGUACAAGGCCAUAGAGUUCACCCUCAAAGUAGCCAUUUUCUCCAGUGGAACUGACGUCUGGAGACGAGCCGUAAUUCCGGGGGAUCCCCAGGACAGGCCUGGAGGGUGGCAUCCCAAGCACGGAACCCUCUCUUGCCCCUGGAGGAAGGCCAUAUUUUCAGCUAUGUUGAGUGGCAGGAACCAAGUCCCUGUUGCCCCAUUGCAGCCCUUCUUGGCAUUUACGGCCUCAAAUUAAACUCUUAGGCCAGUGGUGGCGAGCCUUUGGCACUCCAGAUGUUAUGGACUACAAUUCCCAUCAGCCCCUGCCAGCACGGCCAAUUGGCCAUCACGGUCUUAGGCUAUCAAUUUGUCAGUUCAAAAUAAGCUGGGCUUUCACCACAAAGAUGUAAGGGGUAGAGUGGCCUCUGCACAGAUUGCAUUCAACCGAAACCCGGAAAUCUGCUUUGUGGAGGACUCUCAUCCUUUUCCGUCUUUUGCGGUAGCAGCAAGAAAGAUAAGGUGGGAUGCCGUGGGCCUUUUACGACCUGCAAGUAACCUCGCUGAGGACUAGGGCCUUAAAACGUGGUGUCGUUUAGACCAGCUUCCUAGCCGAUUUCUGCAAAGAGAUUUCCUCUCAGGGCCAAUGUUGAGUGAAGCCUUGAAAGAGCCAGAGAUAACUUUGUCCCAGACCUACAAUGUGAACACAUGAAGCUGCCUUACGCUGAAUAAGACCGUAAGUUCAUCACAGCUUGUAUUGCCUACACAGACCGGCAGCAGCUGUCCGGGAUCUCAGACCGAGGACUUUCACACAUCCCCCUAUUGCCCCACCCUUUUAACUGGACAAGCCAGGGAUCAAACCUGGGAUUUUUUACACACCAACCGGAGGCUCUACCACUGAACUUUCUGUUCUGUGUCCCUCUUUACUUCCUUCCCUUCCGUAGGCUUCCCGAUUACAGUAGGCGUAUGUGAUUUUUAUUUUUGGAAAUCAAGAUGCACUUUCAGAUACUUCUAUUGUUUGGUUGUUGUUGUUAUUAUUAUUUGUUCAUUUUGAAACUCUGUUAAAAUGUCUUGUAUUUGCUUUGGAGGAAUGAUAUAUCAUUUUUAAAAAAACCCCUCAGCUUCUUUAUUUUGAAAUGAAGUAAAUCAACACACAGCAUGGCGAACAGGAUUUUUUGGGGUAAUUCUAAAAAAAAGAUGAAAACAUUUCAAUGUUUUGAAUGAUUCCCCCCCCCCCAGUAAUAUGAAAAAUUAAAACAAGAAAUUCCUUAUGAUAGGGUUUUACAGUUUUAUGAGGCUUUUUAUUGUGACUUUUAUGGAUUCGAGAGAUGAAGAUGAGAUAUUUUAGCAUUUAUAUUUUUCAAAAUUAAAUGUAUACUGAAAAUAAAAAAGUAACUUUAUUCA